AUGCAAUAUUUACAUCAAUCAUGUUUACAACGUUGGAUGAAAAGUGCCAGUGUUAAAUCAUGUGAAUUAUGUAAAUUUGAAUUUAUAAUGCAUUCUGAACUAAAACCAAUUAAACAGCGGCAAAAAUUAGAAAUGAAUGUUAUUGAAAGACGAAAAAUAAUGUGUUCUAUUGCAUUUAAUUUAAUUGCUGUUACAUGUGUUCUUUGGUCACUUUAUGUUUUAAUUGAAAAAGCACGAGAAGAAGUUAAAGCUGGAAAACUUCCUAUUAGUUUUACUGGUGAAUUGGUAUUUCUUUAUGUUCAGUGUAAAAUGUAUCUUGAGUUAGGUUUUGAAGCUGAAGUUCAUAGAUUGUGA